AUGUCAUAUAAACGCUCCCGCGCAACCUACGAAGCCGAUUUCCAUGCACCCUUCGCAACAUUCGGCACUCCUCUCCCCGAUGACCCCGAAGCCCGAGACGAUGGCUCGUUCGUUCCAGUGUGGAAACAGGAGGUGAGGGAUGAGAGGGGAAGGAAGCGACUGCAUGGCGCGUUCACUGGAGGAUGGAGUGCAGGAUAUUUCAACACUGUUGGAUCCAAAGAAGGAUGGACUCCGUCUACAUUCGUCUCGAGUCGAAACAACCGACAAAAAGACGGCAAAGCCCAAGCACAGCAGCGACCAGAAGACUACAUGGACGAAGAGGAUCUUGCCGAUGCCGCAGAAGCUCAGAAAGUACAAACUUCUCAGGCAUUUGCUGGUCUCGGUUCUUCCGACCAGGAUACCAACGCUGGAGGAUUAAUGGGUUUGCUGAGAGCUGAAGGUGACACCAUGGGCCUGAAGUUGCUACGGCGCAUGGGCUGGAAGGACGGACAAGGCAUUGGUCCUAAGAUCCGAAGAAGUGCCCGGCUUGAUACCGAACAAAAGAAUCCCGAAACCGCCGAAACGCAUUUGUUCGCACCGGAUAAUGCUGAAAUGAUUCGAUUUGUCCGCAAGAGCGAUCGGAAAGGAUUGGGUCACGACGGCGAAGCCAGGUUGACGAGCCUCAAAGCGAUUACAGCUGCAGCCGACGACGAUGACGACGACGACAGUAAUAGCUUCGAUACCUCCAUCCAAAACACAUCUUUAUUUUCUUCACAAAAAUCGAAGACGAAACCAGCGCGCGGUGGAAUAGGAGUGGGUAUUCUAAACGACAAUGGAUCCGAUGAAGAAGACCCUUACGAGAUGGGACCCAAAAUCCGGUACAAUCGCGUCGUCGGAGGUGACAAGAAAAAGAAGAAGGCAAAGAAAGCAUCCGCUGCAAUUAAUCCUGCACUGAAAAACGCCCCUGUCUUCGUGUCUCGAUCAGCUCGAGCUGGCAAUGGUCUCGGGAGGUGUCACGAUGGGCGAUUGCCGCUUGAUGGUUUCGUACUAGCCAAAAUUACAAAGGAUUUGUGUGAUCUUCUCUUGGAGUAUGCGCCGCCUCCAGUCCCAGAAGGAUGGGUAUCGUCCAAAACAUCCUCAGACCAGGCCAAUCCUUCGGACUACAAAUCGACAGCUGAUGCCGCGAAAGCAUCCACCCAUGACGCAAAGUCGAGGGCUGCACUUCUCGGAGAAAAGAGCUUGCCAGGGAAGUCUAUCUUUGACUUUAUAAGCAGCUCGGCACGCGAUCGACUUGCUACAGCAUCUGGGAAUAAGAAUCUCCCGCAAGGCUUGGGAGAAAUACCCGAAGGCUAUGCUAUGUCAGAGGAGGAAAGACAACAGGCAGUUUGGGACCAAACGCCCAAGCUAGACCGAGACACAGCCAUCGCAGCGAUCUCACGAGGCUCAUCCGGGCCUUACGCAGACAACGAGGAGAAAAAAGCACGUUAUAGGACCUACUUGGAACACUUUGCGACAGGCAGUCAACCAUUGCCAUACAAACCUCAAGGCAUGGGUUACGAUGACUUUGCAAGAGAAUUAUCGGAAUUCCAUAAUUGUGCCAGGAUAUUUAAACCUAUGACAGGGUUUAUGGCAUCUCGCUUUACCACAGCUAAGAAGCCAUCAACCGUCUCAGCAAACGAACCCGAGGCGGACCUAUUAUCAAAGCCAGAGCACAAGGUGACUGAUCCAGCAGAAGAUGCAGCUAAGAUCGGCAUGUACGGCAAGAUGACUCGUACAGUCCAGGACUUUUACCCUACCAGAUUGCUGUGCAAACGAUUCAAUGUUAGGCCGCCAGCACAUUCUCAGCCAGAUCCACAGACGGGAACUGGUUCUGGCCCAAGAAAUCAUGAAGAUUCAAGACCUAUGGAUGAUGUCGAAAUCAAUUCGAGGUCACUGAAUGUGGAUAUCCAAAUGAUCGAGGGCGCCCCUGUAGGAACUGUGCCACCAGCUCCUGUGCCUGAACCGGCCAUUAACCCAGACAAGAACGAAGCAGUAGAAGGGAAGACAGCGCAUGAUGAAGUCCUUCGAGCAAUUUUCGGAGAUAGUGACAGCGAAUAG